UUCUGACGCCGCUGAAAAAGACUGCCCAUUGGUGGGACCUGAAACAGCUUCAACGGCUACGAACUACAUCACCUAUGUUGUUACUGUGACGCCCACUACUUCUGACAAGACUGCUGUCAAUAUUCCGGAGACACAAAACUAUGAGGUGAAGGUCCCACCUGAGCACGAUGUAAAGAUCAUCGAGAAGGUUGUGGCUACUUGCAGCCAGCCAGCUACAAAUGACCCCUCUCGUUCACCACUGAAGGGAACGCCUGACAUACCAGAAAAGGGCAUGGCUGACAGUAAAUUGCCUAAGGUAGGCCCUAUUGCACCCGAUUCUCACCAACUUGCUAGCGAACCCAUCACAACAGAGAUACAAAAUGGGAAGACUCAGGACGCGGUCAAACUUCAACACGACGGCCCUACAUCGAUUGACACCGCCACAAGCAGAGCAAAUCCAAACGGUGAAAGCACCAGUGGGAAAAAGGGCAGCGAUGCCAGCAACGAAGUUCUCGCUCCAAUUUCCAACGAGGCAGAGAGCACAGAAACAGACAACUCCGUCACAGUGAGUGACGCCGACCACACUGCCUCCACAGCCACACCUCAAUCAGGGACCACCACCGAAGGGGCACCCAACGCUGGUGCCGGUACGUCCACCUCUGCGGGAGAGGGCGUGAAGCUUCCUGACCGCAACACCGACGCCAGCAGCAGCAGCAGUGCGUGGGUGCGUGCCCCACUGUUGUUGCUGCUUG